AUGCAUGGAUGCGAUGCUUUUGCUUUGCUUGCCACCAUCCGACUCUGCCACUACACAGUGCCAAACGCCAGCUACUACUCUACUCCACCCGCAGCACUCGAGCCAUGCAUAUAUGAUUGCGCCGUGCAGGGUAACGUCACAGGACUGCUUUGCUUUCAGCAAACAACAGACACCUCCAGUCCCUCGACCACUGUGCUUUCGCGGCCGAGUGCAGAAUAG